AAACUUACACUAUAUCCCACAACUCAAAACAUCUCAAACUAGCAAUUAAUUCAGUUCUUAAUAUUCUCUUUUCCUUCUAGGCAAAUUAACAUUAUGGGUGUCAAGACCUAUACACAUGAUGUCUCAACCACAGUUGCACCUACUAGGUUGUUCAAAGCUUUGGUUGUUGAUGCUGACAACAUUAUCCCAAAAUUGAUGCCACAUGUUAAGAAUAUUGAGACUCUUGAGGGUGAUGGUGGUGCUGGAAGCAUCAAGAAGAUGAACUUUGUUGAAGGUGGUCCAAUAAAGUAUUUGAAGCACAAGCUUCAUGUGAUUGACGACAAGAAUUUGGUAACAAAAUAUUCACUGAUCGAAGGUGAUGUUCUUGGAGACAAAUUGGAAUCAGUUACCUAUGAUAUUAAAUUCGAAGCUUCUGGAAAUGGAGGCUGUGUUUGCAAGAGCACAACUGAAUAUCACACAAAGGGUGAUUAUGUUUUGAAGGAAGAAGAACACAAUGAAGGCAAAAAACAAGGCAUGGAACUUUUCAAGGCUGUUGAAGAGUACCUCCUAUAA